CACUCACUGCCGCUGCCGCAACAGGGCAGUAUCGAAAAGGCCACAAGUUGUAUUAGUAGGCGUUGACGAGUAGAGGUCACUGACUAAUUGUAAUUACUUAAACCGCAACAUGGACUUGGACAUCUUCCUGUGCUUAUAGAAAUAGAACUAGAAGGCACCAAUUAGAUAAGUAAGUAGGUAGGAACAGUUUGCAAACAGUUUCAAUUCUGCUUUCCUUCAUAUGUGCGCGAGUUACAACUCAUUCCCAAAUCAAGGUCUACUAUAGACGGUGACAAAAGUCAUAGUCAAAGAGAUCAGAGAUUCCUCAUCUAAGUAAAGGAGAGAAGAGAGACGCAUCAGCUUCAGCUGCUGUCGCUCACAUAAUUUCCGAGAAGGGUCAUAAAAUCGUACCUUUAUUUCUCAUUUUUCAAGAGGUCAGGGUCAAGGUCAAGGUGAAUCCAUAGUCUCAUUUACAACUAAAAGAGUAAGAGAGAUCAAGAUGUUGGGUGAUCUCAAUGCACAGGUGGAAAAGCUGAAGGCGCAAUUGCGCCUCUUGCGUUUUCCUAUUAAGGAUUUCAUGGAAAACGGAGUGAUGACGGGCAAACCGAUCGCGCUUCUGCCAAUCCUCCACUACAUUUUCUUUAGCUUCAGCAAACCGUUUGCCACAUUCGUGCGAGAGCGUGGGUAAUGCGUCUAUUUCUACUUCUACUGCCUCGUAGAGUUCUUGUAUUCUUUCUCUCUCUCUCGCGAGUUGUACGACUACAACAAGAUUAUCUUCUUCUCCGUGAUUCAUCAGAAGAUAACCUUCACCAGAUGAACCAGGAUGAUUGCGCAAGAAGAUGUAUGCUGACACCUUGUUCCCCUUGAGGAGCAACUACAACGAGGAGGAACAGGAACCAGAUUUUGAUUAUAGUCGUGCAUGAUCUUUCUACUUAUGCAAACAUCACAUCAUUCAUCCAGGUAUGAACUGUACGCCAAGUCUGAUCUCAGAUUUGUCGAAGAGUGUUACAAAGUGCUGCGGAAAGAGAUGCAUUACCGCCCUACGCUUUCGACCCAACAGUUUUUCUCGAAUGGGUUCGUGGAGCGAAAGGUACAACUAUGCUUUUACCCCUCGGGCGGGCGCUCCCUUGUAGUGCUGCAUAAGUAGUUGUCAUUGUGCCAAUGGAGUUAUCUGUGGCCCCUGUUCUCGUCUUCUGGUUUCAUCUGAUUCAUUUUUCGAAAUGAGCAAACCCUAACCCAAACUUUCAUCUCGAAAAUAAAAUUUAUUACGAGCACGAUCAACGGACCUGUGAGGACCUGGUGCUUUGCAUAUUAUUCAGGUGAUGCUUUUGCAGGACAUAAUUCGUGUUGUGCGUAGAUGGCACAACGAGACCGUGGGGCAGCGUGAUGUCCUCGGUGGUAGCACUGCUAGUGCAUUAUCCGGUCGAAGUGGCUCUACACUGCGAAGUGGUGGGAGGACUGAAAGCGCCAAGGUAAACAAAGUCGUGGCCGGAAACAGUAGCGUGGUAAGCCAUCUAGGAGCCGAGCCCAGCCUAGCAGAAAUGAUGCUGCGAAAACGCAGUGGCUCGGAGGGCGCUGCAGGUGGCAGUGCAGGUCGCCCAGUUGUCGCAUCACAGGAACACCACAUCGUUGAUACGAGUAACAUGAACGUGACGGUGACAGCGCAUGACGACAUGCAUUUUUCUACUAUUCGUGCAGCGCGAAAAACAAGUUCGCUGGCUGACUAUGACGUAGCACCAGCGAAAGUGUUCAGGGAUUUCGUCCUAGAUGCAGCCGGCUCAGUAGAACAGGAAUCGCCAGCAUUGUCCGAUGCCCUCUUUUCAGGUGAUGCACAACGGCUCAACACUGCUGAGCAGUUCUGUCAAGAAGAACACGCUGUCAACGUUAAGUCUUAGUCUGAAGCGAUCACUUAUAGAUACAUAGUUGUAGCGACGCGCACUCACACACACAAAAACAGGCACUUGUCUCAUCAAACAGGUAUUCCAUCAUUGGAUUUCUUAUUCGUGCUUGAUGAAGUGGUAGUGGUAGUGGAAGUGGUAGCAAAAAGAUGAAAUCAGUUCGUGCUUCUAAUAUCAACAGUCUGACACCAGCAGCAGGAGCUAAGCGGACGACUCCUUCUCGAGGAGGGACUGCUGUAGGCUUCUCAAUGGAACUUGACCAUACGAUGCCGCCUCCACAACCCAUGAGCCUGGACGUCCAGCGUAAUCCAUGGGAUCUGCAAACCAGGACGUCCGGAGCAGCUGCAGACCUGCUCUCUCCAGCUGCUGUGACGAGUAGCCGAAAUGUUGCCAAAAAUCGGAGUCGUGAAGAAGCGCCUUUUGUAGUAAGUGGUGCUAGAAGCGAUGGUGGGCUUGCGAGGAACAACCUGUCUUCACCACAAGAGAGUGCAGCGGGUGCGGUUUCUUUUUCGAGCUUCAAUCAUUUUGUAAGUUCUGUGGAACAACGGAUGAGCGAGAUGCAACAAACCAUGGAGUCACUGGCUGCGCGUCUCACGAUCUUGGAAAUGGAGAGAAAGCUGGACCAAGCACGUGGUAGUACGUCUGGACCAGCUACUUCUUCAUCAUCGACUACAGGUCUCCAACAUCAAUCGCAGUCUGCUGCUGCUGCUGCUGCAGUGCCAAACAAAUCCGAUCAACCUUCAUGUUCUAUGACCGCGACAGCAGGUGGAGGAAGCGCGACGUCUUCAACUCCAUCGCGGGGUCCCUUCACGGUCCAGUGGACAUCGUCUACUCCUUCAGCAUCCUCCAGCAGUUUCAUUCGGGCUGGUGUGAACGCCGCUCCAACUUCUACUACGACUGGUGAACCCGCCAGUGACCAACUUUCAAGUAAAAGCGCAAUGUUCGAGUUCGACCAUCAAAGGAUACUAGGUCUAGGUGCGACUAAAGCCGACACGAAGUCAACAAUGGCACCCAGCUAUGACACGAAAAAGUGUACUCAUAUUCAAGAGAGCAGGGAGGACUUUCCUAGUUAGAAAGUACCCCUUCCGUUGAGGAUGAGUAAAUUUUUUCCUUUCAUACCAGCCCAGACGAUCCAUUCGGCGCAGACGCUGAUAAUUUCCUCUCACAAGCACGAUACGACCCAACACCUACAGCAUCCGUCUUCACACCGAGUAGUGUUGUGUACGCCCGAACAAAAUCCACUCCUGCUACCUUUAGUGGUAGUUGCGGUGCAAGUAGAUGUACCACGAACAAUCAUGGUCAUGCCAUCGGAACAAAUAAGUUUGCAACCGGCAAUAUCGGCAGUGCUGGAGGUGGAGUCACAGAUUCAAUCGAGGUUUCGAUUCCUUCUGCAGAAGAAACGCAAAAACUCAUUGUAAAUCUGACGGAGAAGUUCCGAGACACGCAGGCCCUCCUCGAGAAGGCAAAGGCACAGACAAGGCGACGAACUGCGUCGCAUACCGCCACUUCAACCAGUGACGCAAUGGCUUCUGGAGUCGCUUGAUGAUGAUCAUGAUCAUGAUGAAGGUUGGACAUCAAUAUUAUUGGCGAAUUCCUUAUCCUUGACGAAGUUUCGUCCACGACGAGCAUGGCGCACAGGUCGUGCUGGGAGUCGUGCUGGGUGUACUUCUACUUAUGUUGACGUAAACUACAUUGAUGAGGAUGAUCCACCUUGAAUGAUAACUUUCAUGCUCAUGGUGAUGCUCUUCAAAACAAGAAAUCGUUGUUGCCGAAAAUUUGAACUUUUUUUCUAAAGAUUCACUUACACUUUCUUGUUAAUGUUUGUUACAGAAACAGAUGAACAUCAACAAGAAUACGAAUACCCAUAAACAAGUUGGAAGAAGUGUGGGGCAUUAUAUCUUCUUCACAUUUAGCCGACGGCAGAUUGGUGUGGCCAAAGUGCCACCAGUACCAGGGAAGAUCGUAAACUAACAAUGAACUCGAACUCGUUCAAACGCAAAAUAUAAAAUCGUAAUGGUUUCAUGGUAGCUUGUGACACGCGUAUCGCUAUCGUGGACUGAUGUUGUUCUAAAGAUGAAAAGAUAGUGUUAUAAUAUCC